GCGAGAACAAUUUUUUCGUUCCUCAAGCGGCGGCCGAGUGAGGGAAACGAGGCAAGCUUUCUUUCUCGAGUCUCCCCGUCAGUCUGAGUCUGGGCUGCUUCUGUGUCUCCGAGGAAGGGCCAAGGAUGUGGAUGGGUCCUACCCUCCUCGUGUCUCCACGGUAUCCUACUCCGACAUGCCGACUUGCCUUUGAUCAUUGAUCAUUGAUAAUGCGGCCGAAUUUCCACUUAUAUCGAUAGCUUCUGAAUCUCCUUUGCCUUUUCUUCUUUCCUCUCCAUCCUCAUUCCUCUCCGUGUGCCAUUCUUCUCCCCUUCUCAUCCCAAGAUCUACCCCAAUCUCACCCCAAGAUCGCCCGCGCGUUUCUUGGCUGUAUUACCCCUCUGUACAUACAUUCCCCCGUGUGUACAAGUAGAAAAAGCUACCCCUCAUCCUCUUGAUUGGCCGGGUGCCCCGAGAAUCUUGCUGUUUGAAUACCCUCAUCCUCCUUAUCCGCCAAAAUGUCCACCACGCAGCUUCCCGUCUCCGACGUCGACCGCUACGACUAUGUUAUCGUCGGCGGUGGUACCGCCGGCUGCGUUAUCGCCUCUCGCCUGGCCGAGUCCCUCCCUCAGAAGCGCAUCCUCUUGAUUGAGGCUGGCCCCAGCGACUUCAUGGACGACCGCGUGCUCGACCUGCGCAAGUGGCUCAACCUUCUCGGUGGUGAGCUCGACUACGACUACGGCACCACUGAGCAGCCCAUGGGCAACUCUCACAUCCGCCACUCUCGCGCCAAGGUGCUCGGUGGUUGCUCAUCGCACAACACCCUCAUCUCCUUCAGACCCUUUGAGUACGACCUGAAGAUCUGGCAGUCUAUGGGUGCCAAGGGAUGGACUUUCCACGACUUCAUGCGUCUCAUGGACAAGCUGCGCAACACCGUCCAGCCCGUCCACGCCCGCCACCAGAACGAGCUUUGCCUUGACUGGGUCAACUCCUGCUCUUCCGCCCUCAACAUCCCCGUCCUCCACAACUUCAACAAGCACAUUGCUCAGGACGGCGCCCUGCAGCAGGGUGUCGGUUUCUUCUCCAUCUCCUACAACCCCGAUGAUGGCCGCCGGUCUAGCGCCUCGGUCGCCUAUAUUCACCCCUUCCUCCGCGGCGACGAGAAGCGCCCCAACCUUACCGUGCUCACCAACGCCUGGGUUUCCAAGCUCAACAUUAAGGGCGACACCGUCACCGGUGUCAACCUGACCCUCCAGGAUGGUUCCAAGCGCACCAUCACCUCCAAGAAGGAGACCAUCCUCGCCGCCGGCGCCGUCGAUACCCCUCGUCUGAUGAUGCUGUCCGGUGUUGGUCCCAAGCAGCAGCUCAGCGACCUCGGCAUUCCCGUCAUCCACGACCUGCCGGGUGUCGGCGAGAACCUUCAGGACCACCCCGAGUCCAUCAUCAUGUGGGAGCUUAAGAAGCCCGUUCCCCCAAACAAGACCACCAUGGACUCCGAUGCUGGUAUCUUCCUUCGUCGCGAGGCCCCCAACGCCGGCGCCAAGAAGACCUUCUUCAACCCCGACGGCAUCCCCGACGGCAACAUUGCCGAUGUUAUGAUGCACUGCUACCAGAUCCCCUUCACCCUCAACACGGGACGCCUUGGCUACGAUGAGCCCAAGGAGGGCUACGCCUUCUGCAUGACCCCCAACAUUCCCCGUCCCCGCUCCCGCGGUCGCCUCUACCUGACCUCGGCCGACCCUAACGUCAAGCCUGCUCUUGACUUCCGUUACUUCACCGAUGAGGAGGGCUACGACGCCGCUACCCUCGUCUACGGCAUGCGCGCUGCCCGCAAGGUCGCCGAGCAGGCUCCCUUCAAGGACUGGAUCGCUCGUGAGGUCGCUCCCGGCCCCAAGGUCCAGACCGACGAGGAGCUCAGCUUGUACGCUCGCCGUGCUGCCCACACCGUCUACCACCCUGUCGGAACCACAAAGAUGGGUGACGUCCGCAAGGACCCGCUCGCCGUUGUCGACGAGCGCCUCAACAUCAAGGGCCUCAAGCGGGUCCGUAUCUGCGACGCCGGCAUCUUCCCCACCAUCCCCACCAUCAACCCCAUGUUGACUGUCCUUGGUUGCGCCGAGAAGUGUGCCGAGAUGAUCAUCGAGGAGGCCCAGGAGACUGCCCGUCUGUAAAAAAACCAAAAAUCAUGUCAGAACUACAAAAGAAAGCGUUUUAUGUGGAGGAAAUGAUCUAGAAAAGCAUUUCUUUGUUUAUUUUUGAGAGUUAGCUAUCAGGCAUUAUACCAAAUGAUAUCAUGACUAUGAACAUUAUUACCUAC